AUAAAAACCGACCAAACAAAGCUAGGUGGAGUGGUCUGGAUUUCUAGUAUAUUUUGACAGCUUCUCCAGGUGAGGCAUCUCGUCCGGGGGCUGUUUCACUUUCUCUGAGUUUCCGAACACACUCGCUGUGAGCCUGGGGCUGAUACACUCAAAAAACAACACUCUGAAGCCCUACCACCACGGCAACAUGAGCAAAAAGAAAAAGGACUGGAAAGUGGAGAAAGCACGACUCCUGAGCCUCACUGUGGAAGAGAGACGUAAGGAAUAUUAUGAAUCCGUGACGCUGGACAAGAUUCCCACCUGGAAAAAACAGGAGAAGAGUAAAGGAAAAGAGGAAGUGGAUGAGCAGGAUGUGCCCCACCUGAGUGACAAGGUUUCUCUCUACAAAGGUGACAUCACCAUCCUGGAGGUGGAUGCCAUAGUGAAUGCUGCUAACUCCAGUCUCUUGGGAGGUGGCGGAGUUGACGGCUGCAUACACAAAGCGGCGGGGCUGUGUCUCUACGAGGAGUGCGCCACGCUGAACGGCUGCGAGACCGGCAACGCCAAAAUCACCUGCGGCUACGAGCUUCCUGCCAAAUACGUGAUUCACACCGUGGGCCCUGUGGCGCGAGGGCAUGUGGGAAAGUCCCAGAAAGAGCUGCUGAGGGACUGCUAUCAACACUCUCUGAAGCUGCUGAAGGAAAAUGGCCUCCGCUCCGUGGCCUUCCCAUGCAUAUCGACCGGCAUCUAUGGUUUCCCGAACGACCCGGCUGCAGAAAUCGCCCUCACCACCGUCAAGACCUGGCUGCUGAAGAACUGCGAUGAGGUUGACCGAGUUAUAUUCUGUGUUUUCCUGGAUACGGACUUCAGGAUCUACAAAGAGAAGAUGUUCCAGUUCUUUUCCCAAGACAACGACCGGCCUGAUGACAGAGACGAGCCAGAGCAGGAGGAGGGUAAAAAGGACACACCACCAUCCAAGAAAUCCAAGAGCAAAAAGCCAAGCAAAGGAGACGAGGACCAUGAAGAGGAAGAGAAGAACCAAGACCAGUCCACUGACGCAAACAUGGACAGCCAGAAAGAAGAGGAUGAUCAAAGUGAUGUGGAGAUGCAAAGUCAAAAUCUAGAGCCUGACCAGUCGGAUCCUGAGGAAACUAAGGAAAAGAAGGAGGAGAACGAGCCAAGCCCAGACACAGACUUGAGCAGGAGAGAGGAGAGCGCAGUGGAGGAGCAGGACCGGCAGUGUGAAGACACAAAAGCUGCAGUGGAUUCUGAAGAGAGCAGGGGCAGCUCUGGGAAAGAUGAGGCCAAGUCUCAGUCCGUAGGAGCAGCCUGGUCUUUGGAUAAAGAGUCCCCAGCAGCAGAAGUGGAUGACAUGGAGGUGGGAAAACCAGCGGAGACGAUGGAGGCUGAGGGUGCGGAAGGAGAUCCUGUUCCGAAGGACAAAAUGGCUGACGAGGAACUUGAGACCGGCCCUGGAGAAGUGGAGAUGAACACUCAGGUUGAGGAGUCCCAGGACGCUGAGAUAACUCCAGCUGACAGCAAUCAAUCCAAAGAUGGCGUGGGGCAUUCUGAGGGCCCUUGAGGCAGGAGCAGAAGACAAUCACGGUCACCAGGGAAACGACGGACUGUGUGACGGCACAUUGCACCAAUACCGACACCCACAGGGGAGAACAGGGGAGCCGGCAGUAGAACCCAAAUUCAUUAACUUCAGUGCAUUAUCAUUAUUCCUUUUUUUUCCCUUUUUACUACUAACAUUCCCACAAGGAGGGAUAUAAAUGAAUUAUAAACAUAUAUGAAUGAAAAUAGAAUACAAUGAUAUAAAUUAAUCUGUGAUGAGUCAGAGUGUAGAGUACUACUUCCCUUGCUGAGGGCUUGUUUGGUGAGCUUUGAUUGAAUGUCUUUGGGGAAGGAAGAGAGUCAUCCAUUUCGAAGCUGGACGGUCGCCAUUUUAGUUGUUUUGGUCAUUCUUAAGGUUCCCUGGAAGCCAUGUGGCUCCUCCAUCUCAAUCUCAUUUAUUGUUGAAGGUUCUCUACUGAAAUCCAGAGUCCUGCAUUGUACAUAGACACUGUACUCUGCACAGUCAACAGCAGGUGUUGCAAUAUUGCUCUCCAUGAAUUGUGCACACCUAGAGAUGACCGGUGAUCUUCUGAUUAAAUUUUUGAGGACAGAAAAAUAACUAUUAUAGGGUAUUUUCCUUUCAUUUUUAUUUUAUUUUGUACUUUAAGUGUUUGGGUUUUAGAAACUUAGUCAAACAUGGGAGAUGGGAAACACACUAUACACUAAUUAUCUGUGAAUCUGUUCUUUUUAUUGGCCGUCAUCAUUGUGAAUGCAGAACUUUGCUAUUUGAGCUGACUCAAGAGUAGACCCCACAGGACGCACGUUUUGUCAUGAACCCCGCUUCGAAACCGAUCAGAAAACUUCUGAAAUUCACUUUCAUCUUUCAAAAGGUGCACCGCCUAGUUUUGAUCUGCCUAGCAGCCAUGUAAUCAGAGACGCUUAUUUUGGAAACACACUGUCUGGGGAAAGACACAUUUAGACGUGACUGUGAGUCCGCAGAGUUUAAUAUGAUUUCAUGUGUUUCCGUUGCAUGCCAGCUUUGCUUUGAAACGUUUGCUCUCAUUUCUGUCUCCUCUUUUCACCAGAUUGUCUCUAUUUACAGUUGAAAAUCUGCCUUAUUCCAUAACAUGUUCAAUAUGGGGAAAAAAUGAGAAGAUGGUGUAAGUGCAAAUAUUUAGCAGUGCGUUGCUUGCAAGUUGUAAUUACUAGUACCUGGCGUGAUGGCUGAAGCCUCUUUUUUAACUGUAAGAAAUGAAAUACUUAUAACCUUUUUGUUAUUUCUCCCCUCCCCGCCCCAAAGAUCUAUCAUUCCUUUCAUCUGUGCCAUAUGUCAGAUUUUACUCGAUGAAAGACCUUCAUAAUUUGAUGUUUGCUUUGCUAAACAAUGACAAAAAUAAACUACAAAACAACAACUGAA